AUGCCUGCUACGGUGCCGGCAGCGACUCCUUCCAGCACGCUGGUAGCUAACUCUAGCGAGUCUGUGCCAAUGGUUGGUUCGAAAAAUUCGUCGGUCGUUUAUCUGGACGUGAGGAAGAGUCCCGCACAAAAAAGCAGUGAGGUCUCCCGUCGUUCGCCACGCCUAACACAGGGAAUGGGUAUGGCGUCAGCUGCAAAUACUGAAGCUACACCGCCCGUCUUGCCUCCAAAUGCUGACCGCGUCGUAGCAACGUUGAUGAAACUUAGCGCUGCUAAUGAGCAAACAUGGCUUGCGAUCGGAUCUGCGGCCGAGACUAUGGGUGAUAUGGCUCGUGCUCUUGGCGCAUAUGAGUCUGCUCUGUUGCAUAACCCUUACUCUAUACCGGCGCUUAGCGCCACUGCAAGCGUUUACCGCUCAAUGGACCACUUUGACCUUGCCGUGGAGUACUUCCAGCGUGUGUUGGAUAUUGACAAUGAAAAUGGCGAAGUGUGGGGUGCGAUGGGGCAUUGUUACCUGAUGAUGGAUGAACUCGAAAAGGCAUAUGCCGCGUAUCACCGGGCGUUAUGUUAUCUGCCCAAUCCGAAAGAGCCCAAGCUGUGGUACGGAAUUGGAAUCUUGUACGACCGAUAUGGAAGCCUGGAGCAUGCAGAAGAAACAUUCUCGAGUGUGGUCCGCACGAAUCCUGACUAUGAAAAGGCGAACGAAAUAUAUUUCCGCCUGGGCAUUAUUUACAAGCAACAAGGGCAAUACGAGUCGAGUCUCGAGUGUUUCCAGUACAUCCUCAACAACCCCCCAAGACCGCUCACGGGAAUGGAUAUCUGGUUCCAGAUUGGCCAUGUGCAUGAACAGCAAGGAGCGUAUGACUUGGCAAAGGAAGCUUACGAGCAUGUACUGUCCGAAAACACCGACCAUGCCAAAGUGCUGCAGCAGCUUGGGGCACUAUACAUGCAGCCGGAUUCAGGCUUCCAGAAUGAAGAAAAAGCUCUCGAGCUGCUGCAUCUAAGCCUGGACUCUGAUCCCAAUGAUCAACAAACAUGGUACUUGGUUGGCAGGUCGUACAUGAACACACAAGAGUACAGUAAAGCGUAUGAUGCGUAUCAGCAGGCCGUGUAUCGUGAUGGAAAAAACCCUGCUCUUUGGUGCUCUAUCGGCAUUUUGUACUUCCAAAUCAGUCAGUUCCAUGAUGCCCUUGGAGCGUUCUCUCGAUCAAUCCGACUCAACCCUUAUAUUCCUGAAAUUUGGCUCAAUCUCGGCAUUUUAUACGAAACUUGCAACAAUCAGACUUCGGAUGCGAUCGAUGCUUACCGCCGCACACUUGAGCUGGAGCCCGAGAAUACCAUAAUCCAGCAGCGCUUGCAGCUUUUACAGAAUGCCGAACCACUUGGUAAGGCCGUGCCAAACAUUCCUCUACCCAAAGACAUACCGUUCGCUGCCUACGCGACGGUAGGCCCAGUUGCGCCGAGCACGCCGCCGCCAAACGUGGCUGAAGCAGAUGAAACUACAUGGAGUGCCACAGCGGAUCCCAUACCUGUAAGAGACAUUCCAGUCGAGGACGAGCGCAAGCAUGCUCUGGAGUCCUCAACACGCCAUGCUUACGAAAGCCAUCCUCGUAUGCAUCAUGCAUCACUAUCCUCUUACGGCGGCGGAACAUACUCGGACUACGCGCGGCAUGCUGCAACUGUACAUCCUUCUCGCAUGUAUAGUGCACCAUCUGAAUGGGAUCGUCAGUAUGCUGUGCCGUACGCAGACGAACGCAUCGCUACGUACUCGACACGCUUACCAUCGUCGAAGUAUCCGUACGAUGGACGGGCUAUGAGAUACGAGUUGAACUACCAGAAUGGUCGCUCUUACCAUUUGCCCGCGGCUAGCACACCUCCACUUUCUCGGCGUGUUGGAGCAGGUGGAACCGGUCCUGUGUCGCCAGGCCGCGAACAUGAUCGUAUGGACAUGGAACAAGACAAUUUGAUUCGCCGCAAACGAGACAUACCGAAUCUGCGUUCGUCCCUCCCGUCUCGUUUACCAUCAACUACAGAGUCUUGGGCUGGUGAGACGGCCUCUGAGCAGCACUAUCCGCUCGACAGGGGAAUAGAGCCACCAGCUCGCAACUCAUUCCGCACGAGCGGUGGACGCGAGGUCGACGAAGACUAUGAUGAAGGAGCGGCUAGUGCCCUCAUGGGACUUGCAGGAGCGGCUGCAUCGGCUUACGAAGCAACUUCAUGGGCUCGUUCACGCCCUGAGGCAGUUGUAGGAACAGUUUCUCGAUCGCCGCCGCUGUCAGUAAAGCGGGGCGGAGAGACCGAUCGACCUGCUCUUGAGGCCAAGCGACGUCGGAAUGACGAGCCACCUUUCGUGGAUGAGCGCUUAGAUAUGCCAGAUCCACGUUCAGUUCAUCGCAGCGUAUCUCGAGAGCAAUGA